GGGAUGCAGUCAAUUUCAAGUUCAUGUUGUCCAAAACUUUUCGUCCGAUGUCUUGUUUUCUGUAUUGAUUAAGAGUCAAGAGCGCACAGUGCCAUGAUGGCACACCGGUAUCUGCAUCUGUCAAGAGGCUGCAGGAACCUUCUCCACGCUCUGCUGCCAAAUGUCAGAUCAACAAACCGUGUGCAAUCGGUCCAGGGUGUUGGGCAAAUCGUCCUAGACAGAAGAUCCUUGCUCUCUCAGGUCUUGGGCACCUAUAGAAGAUUAAGCUCCAAACCUCCCAAAGGAUUUGAAAAAUACUUCCCUAAUAAUAAAAACGGUGGUCCAAAAAAUGGUGAGCCCAAGUCAUCCAACGCAGAGGUCAAAGAGGCCAAACCAACCAAUGCUCAGAAGACCACUGGUGGAGGUGGAAGUAGUGGAGGAGGAGGAAAAAGAGGGGGGCGGAAGGAUGAAUCCAGUUGGUACAGCCGUCUCCAAAAGGGUGAUGUGCCGUGGGAUGAUAAAGAGUUCCGUAUGUAUUUCCUGUGUGGAACGGCCUUCUGGACAGCCGUCACAUAUUAUUUCUUCUUCCGAGAUGGAGGAAGAGAGGUCACCUGGAAAGACUUUGUAAAUGGUUACCUUGCUAAAGGAGUGGUUGACAGGUUGGAGGUUAUAAACAAGCGAUAUGUAAAAGUCAUCUUUACCCCUGGUAAAACUCCAGUUGACGGGCAAUAUGUGUGGUUCAACAUCGGCAGUGUGGACACAUUUGAGCGAAACCUGGAAACUGCUCAGCUAGAGCUGGGCAUUGAAGGAGAGAACAGACUGCCAGUCGUCUACUCCACUGAAAGUGAUGGGUCGUUCCUCUUUAGCAUGUUGCCCACUGUUUUGAUCAUUGGGUUCUUACUGUUCAUGCUGAGGAGAGGGCCAGCCGGGGCAGGGAGGCCAGGGAGGGGAAUGGGUGGGCUCUUCAGCGUCAGCGAGACCACUGCCAAAGUACUACGAGACGAGAUCGAUGUCAAAUUCAAGGAUGUGGCGGGCUGUGAGGAGGCCAAAUUGGAGAUCAUGGAGUUUGUAAACUUUCUUAAGAACCCAAAGCAGUACCAGGAUUUGGGUGCCAAGAUUCCAAAGGGGGCUAUUUUGACCGGACCCCCGGGCACAGGAAAGACUUUACUAGCCAAGGCCACUGCGGGAGAGGCCAAUGUCCCCUUCAUCACUGUGAAUGGAUCAGAGUUCUUAGAGAUGUUUGUGGGGGUUGGGCCAGCCAGGGUUCGGGAUCUCUUUGUAUUGGCCCGGAAGAAUGCACCUUGCAUUCUCUUCAUAGACGAGAUCGAUGCUGUAGGAAGAAAGAGAGGCAGAGGCAACUUCGGCGGACAGAGUGAACAAGAGAACACACUCAACCAGUUACUAGUUGAGAUGGAUGGAUUUAACACGGCUACCAAUGUUGUAGUGCUGGCAGGCACCAACAGACCAGAUAUUCUAGAUCCAGCUCUGAUGAGGCCCGGACGCUUUGAUAGACAGAUAUAUAUCGGGCUACCAGAUAUCAAAGGCAGAGCCUCUAUAUUCAAAGUCCAUCUGAGACCACUAAAGUUGGAUGCAGAGUUGGACAAAGAAUCUCUGGCAAGGAAAAUGGCUGCUCUAACACCUGGUUUUUCAGGUGCGGACAUCGCUAAUGUGUGCAACGAGGCUGCGUUAAUUGCAGCCCGCCACCUUUCUGAUGCCAUCAACCAAAAACACUUUGAGCAAGCCAUCGAACGAGUCAUUGGGGGUCUUGAGAAGAAGACGCAGGUGCUGCAGCCAGAUGAGAAGAAGACAGUGGCUUACCAUGAGGCUGGUCAUGCUGUAGCCGGCUGGUUCCUUGAGCACGCCGACCCUCUGCUAAAAGUGUCCAUCAUCCCGCGUGGGAAGGGUUUGGGCUAUGCCCAGUAUUUGCAUAAAGAGCAGUACCUGUACACCAAGGAGCAGCUGCUGGACAGGAUGUGUAUGACGCUGGGUGGACGUGUGUCUGAGGAGAUCUUUUUUGGCCGCAUUACCACAGGGGCACAAGAUGACCUGAAGAAAGUAACACAGAGUGCUUAUGCACAGAUUGUGCAGUUUGGCAUGAAUGAAAAGGUAGGGCAGGUGUCUUUCGACCUGCCACGGCAGGGAGAGAUGGUUUUGGAGAAGCCCUACAGCGAGGCCACGGCACGCCUCAUUGACACAGAGGUCAGAAACCUCAUCAACACGGCCUAUCAGCGCACACAGCAGCUGCUAAAUGAGAAGAAGGCUGAGGUGGAGAAGGUGGCAAUACGUCUACUGGAGAAAGAGGUGCUGGAUAAGAAUGACAUGGUGGAGCUGCUGGGCAGAAGGCCGUUUGCUGAAAAGUCAACUUAUGAAGAGUUUGUGGAGGGAACGGGAAGCAUGGACGAGGACACAUCGCUGCCGGAGGGCCUGAAGGACUGGAACAAGGAGCGCGGCAGCGAGAACGAGGAGAGUACGGAGGAGCAGGUGGCCCGACAGAUCACUGGUGGUAUGCCCUUCUGAGGACACCCGUUCACCAUGACCCUGGAGGGUCCAGAGCAUUUAUUUAAGAGAUGGGAAACACUUGCCUGACGGACACUGAGGCAAGUACCCUGUUCUUCAGAAGAGCUGCAGCUAGGCGUUGGACUUAUUUUGUGUACAGUAGGGUGUUUAUGAAAUAUAAACUUUCUUGUGCUGAAGUUUAUUGUGUUUCAGCAAAAUUGAAAGGAUCAGGAGAUCUUCUGUUGAAGAUGAAGUGUAUUUUAUGUGACACAUCAGCGCUUUGCCAGAAAAUCUGUUUAACUUAAGGCAAAAGCACUGUAGCUUGUCAAGAAAGAUUCUCUCUAGUCACUUCAAUUUUACCUAUCAAUGACCAAGAAGACAUACAAAAAAAAUCUCUCUCUCUCU